AUGAAGAAGGACGUGCGAGACUAUGUGGCGAACUAUGCCGUUUGCCAACAGAAUAAAUACCUGGCUCUAUCUCCCUAUGGACUAUUGCAGCCCUUGCCUAUUUCGGAAUCAAUCUGGGAUGACAUUUCCAUGGACUUCAUUGAUGGACUUCCUAAAUCUGGAGGGGUAGAUACCGUGUUGGUGGUAGUGGACCGCUUGAGUAAAUAUGGACAUUUCAUCGGCCUAAAACAUCCUUUCACAACUCCCGAAGUCGCCAAGUUAUUCAUCCGAGAGAGAGUUCGUUUGCAUGGGAUGCCCCGUUCAAUUGUGUCAGACAGGGACCGAAUUUUCAUGAGUGUUUUGCUUCGAAUAAACCUGGCACUUGGAGUCAAUAUCUACUGUGGGCAGAGUUUUGGUACAACACAUCAUUCCACACUGCAACCCAACGAGCUUAAGGCUCAACUCUCUAAGGCUCAACUGAGGAUGAAACAAUUGGCUGAUGGGCAUCGGCGUGAUAUUCAGUUUGAGGGUGGUGACUUAGUGUACCUUAAAUUGCGUCCAUAUCGGCAGAAAUCUGUGAGAAAAAGGUCAUGUGAAAAGCUGCCCCCAAGGUACCAUGGGCCUUCUGAGGUUUUUUCAAAGCUUCGUAAGGCAAUUGUUACCUCUCAACCUAUCUCCUCCCUUCAUCCACAUCUCAGAGCAACAGGGAAUCUCAUCACUGAACCGGAGGAAGUCUUAGCUAUUAGAACUAGUGUUGCAAACAUGAAUCAUGAGCCAGAAGUUUUGAUCAGGUGGAAGGAUUUACCAGAAUUUGAAGCAACUUGGAAACCUUUUGAGACCAUACGCCAGCAGUUUCCUAGCUUCCACCUUGAGGACAAGGUGGAUUUUGGGACGAUGGGUAAUGAUAAACCCCCCCAUUCGAUUCACUUACACCAGAAGAGGAAAGAAUGA